AUGACACCUUCGGAGAUAGCAAACAACGCUCUCCAGGCUACGCUCGAGACUGUACAAUCAUUGAUGAAGCGAUGUAUGAAAUUAAAGGAAAGUGAUCCAGGCACACUGAAUGUAUCGGAUGAAAUCGCCAGACGCCUGUACUGGGAGCACUCCAAGGCUGGCAUUUUUGUGUCAUUGCCCGACUGGAAGACCGUCAUAGACGACGACCCACGCAUUAGGAGUCACCCGCGGUUCCACAAGACCAGUGGACUACCGCCCCUCCAUCUUGCCCGAACACAACCCCUCCACGUCGGCGUCAGCGGUCCCGGAGGAGGCUGCAAAACCUCUUGCAGAAUCCAUCCCUGUAAUGAUGCCGGCGACUGCCAUCUCACUCCCGUGUUGCAAACCUUGGAGGUUCCGGUAAUGGAACCCAUGGUAUCGGACAUCCGAAGUAGCGCUGCCGACACAACGGCAUGGGAGGCAUUGACCCCCCUUCCACAUUCCAUCGCUCCCGUGAUGGUGAGACACAAUAUCCCUAUGGUUGGAGGUAUGAAGACACAACCGGAGACAGCCUCGCGGCCCAGGAAGACGAAAAGGAAAGCAGAAGAGAGCGACAAUGAUGGCAAAGAAGCGGAGGUAUUGAGCGGACUCACACCAACGCCCAUAUCCCAGAAACCAAUUCGCAAACGGAAGAAGAAGUUUAUGUCGGAUGAAGAGGACCACAGGGCCGCUGGUACCAUUGUUGUUAAGCACAAGGCUUUGUCGGUCAAGACAUUCAAUGUUGUGGCUCCAGAUGCCACAUCAGCAGGUACUUCCGCACCAGGAUGGCUGGAUGACAGAGGCUUUUGGGAUGAAGAAACCAGGCCUGCCGGAUGGGGUCUGGAUUCCAACAUCGCCACAACGGUGGAGCAAUCCGUUCGCUACCACUCCCGGAAAUGUGACAAAUGUGUCAAGUUGAAGGUUCCUUGCGUUGUUCUUCCUGACAAGAAGUUCGGAUUCACCAGACUAGCCUGCGCAAACUGCGAUGAAAUGAAGAUCGCCUGCACGAUUGACGGCGCUGGUGUGAGGCAGAGGUUGCAAGUAAAGGCGAAGGAAGCUGUGGGCGAAGCGAAUAUCAAUCCUCUUCCCAAACGUCCCAGGACACGGGCAAACAAGUCGCGCCCUGCCGCCAAAAGUCUGGAAAAAUCUGCUCCAGCGAAGACCACGAAACCGGCCACAUGUUCCAACUCGCGUGCGGCGCAAACGGUUGCCGUGGACGAUACACUGAAUGAACAACCCACGAGGCCUAAAUACGAGGCUCCGCUGGCACCCCACAACAUGGGGUCGUCGGAUCUUUCCACACCCUCGGAAGCAGCGCUCCCUGCAAUAGUAUCCAUCCCGGCGCCAUUUCAGCCAUCGUUACCCACCAAUCUUUCGGAGCCGGAACCUAGCGGAAGGGAUAUACUGCGAAGCAUCCAGGACCUUGGUAGGAGAUUCGAUCUCCUUGCAACCAAUGAGCGGGUGGAUGUGUUGGAUGUGAGGGUUGAUUCGGUGGAGGACAGGUUUGGAUGGAGGCUAAUGGAGCUGGAGAAACAGAUCACUGCCUCGGAUGCGCGUUGGCAUCCUGGCUCCUCCAAUGAUUCCAAAUACAAACUGCAAAAUGCCGCCAUUGAUGAACGCCUGGGAAUUUCGACGGUCGGUAGGGAACAAACAUAUGCGUGCAAUUAG